UUUAUUUUUUUAUCAUAGUUUUUUUUCUGUAAUUUGACAUUUAGAGACAGUAUACAUCUCUAAUAAAGUUUGUUAUUAUUUCAUCGAUUCCAUAUUUGUAAUUGUAUUUUGUAAUUUUUAUUGUUUGUAAAAAUUUACAUGCAAAAGUGCCCCUGUGGCCUAUUUGCUGAAUAAAUGUUUGAUAUUUGAAAGAAAAGGGCCUCGUAGAUGCGACUUCGCCCACGACUAGAUUAGGUCACGUCACGCUACACCGCCGCUGAGCAGAGUUGGACAUGAUUGAUCUCUACAGUUUUCUUACGAAUCUGCUAUAAUAAUAAUACAUUCUUUAUUUCGAAGCACGUGACUCCAUAGGUGUUAGUGUACAAAUUCGAAAUUAGAAUAAUCAAAAUAUUGUUAGAGUCGUUUCAAUCGUCGAGUGCGAGCGUCAGACUUUAACUCUCAUUUCUGAUCUUUGUGUUGCUUAAAUGCCAUGAUUCCUCUAUAGACAUUUGAUCGUCAGGAAAAUCAAGAUCAAUUGACAUUAUUUACAAAAAAAUUCAAGUAGCCAAUUUUAUUUUAUAAAGAGACCUAUCUUUUGCUCGCAAUUCUGCCUAGAAACAAGAUUUUCGUUACAAAAAUUAUCCUGCCCUUCUCCGGGACUAUUACCAUCUUAUAUGCCAAAUUUCAUACAUGUUCAUUGGUUCCGGAUUUUAAGUGUCAAAGGGCAACAGACAGAUACACAGACAGUCAGAAUCACAAAAAAAUAUAUACACAUUGCUUCCGAAUAAAAUAGCAUAGGUCAAUUUUUGGCAUUUUGGCUAAAUACUGAACCCUAAAAAUAGGUGUGUUUCACUCUAUAUAAAAAGGAACAAUAAAUAUAUUAUUGAUCGAUGUAAAGAUCAAGGGAUAAAAUUAAUAAACAAAAUAUACCUGGAUCAUAUAUCCUUAUCAGGUACAUAUAACUCUGAUGCAGUAUAACUUGCAUUCGAUCUAAUCUUUCAGCCUAACGCUAAGGUAGUAUAGCAAAAAUACCUACUAUAAAACAACUUUUGAUAUAACAUUUACAGGUUAUUAUUUGCUACGUGCACUGUCACGCCACCUAGCAUCCGCAAAUUUAGCGGAAAACGUCAAAUCACUAUAUCUUAUAAAACGUCCCCCAAACUCAAUAACUACUGAACAGAUUUUCAUAAGGUUUUCACUUAUCGAUAUAACGAUUCUUGAGGAAGGGUUAAGUGUAUAAUUUGUUAAGGUUUUUUGUAACGUUGCUGAAAUACGAUGUUUGCUAACGAUGUCGAAAACUCUGCCUAAUCCGUUUUCAUUUGAGCUACAAUAACAUUAAUAACACAAUGUAUGGUAGGGUUGUCUCUCUUUUGUCUACAAAAAAGUCCGCGAUGGUGUAUUUUUAACAUCUAGAUAAAGAUCACAUAAUAUGUGGUAUUUCCAAAGCUAUUUACAUGAAUACAGUAUUAAUAAUUAUCAAAGUAAAUAAAUUAGUUAUAUUAAGCAUUUUAUACAGAUUACAGUGGUAUCUUAAACCAUACAAUUCAAAUGAAUAUCUCAGGAGUUAUGGUAAAUUAAAAAUAAUCCAUUUCGUGCAUAUGUAUGAAAAAUUAAAGACGCUAAUCUUUCUUAGUGGCAAUUUGCUAUACUCCCACCAUGCCCUUUGCACGUUGCCAAUAUUUAUACACAAAUUUUUGAUAUGUGAGCAUCGUCUUACAUUUAUUCUGUUUUUCCUUUCUAGACUAUCAUGUACCAAGGUUGUAUAAAUACUGUCUAUUAUAAAUUUCACAGUGUAUUAUUAUUUAUUAUUAGUAUUAGUUCGCUGUAAUGCUGUGUACAUUUUUUGAAUCAAUAAAAAAAAUAGAGUAUAGGUAGGUUAGCCAAAUAAACAUUGUUAUACACACCCCCCUAAAAAUAUAUCGUUAUUUCUUUCCUAAAAAUUUUAUCACUAUUGCACGCUUAUUUCGCUUUAUGUUGCAGAUUAGUAAGCUAUUUAAGAUGAAAUAAUAAUCAUAAAAAUUCCCUACAGUGCAUUUUAUUUUAGAAAAUGUUCAACCAGACACGUACUUUUUAAAAUUUAUCUAUAUUUAGACAAAAUAUACCUAAUCCUUAUCUGUUAUCUGUUCAUAUGAGCUGGCAGUGUGUGUGGCUAUGUGCCAACGAGUUGUUUGCGCAUUCUUGCUCUCGUUAAUUGCAUGCUCAGGGUAUGUCCAAGAAACGUCUAGCAGAAACAAAAACACGGAUGAAAACUUAAAGAAUACACAAUCAUAUCAUCGCAUUAACGGUCCUAAGUUUAUUUCACGUAAAUUCACCACACAUUCACUCUAUGCUUUUAACAAAAAAAGUCUGAUCUCCCACAAGGUUAGCAGCACACACAAUUUUUCAACUCUGAAAACUCGAACGCUUAAAUAUCCCGUGUUUAAUUCUCGGACACUCAACCUUCAUAAGCUCAAUAAUCAUACUACCCAAUCCCCAAUAGUCAGGAGUCGGACACUCAAUUCUUCGAAACUUAACACUCGGACACUCAACUAUGAUAUGCUCAAUCCUUAUAUACCUGAAACGCUCAACUCUACCACGAUUAAACAUAAAAAACGCCAUAAUCUAGUUUACGAUAAAAUUCUACAAGAAUGGAUAAAAGAUCCAAUAUUAACAUUACCUGAUAAUGAUUUAAAAGACCCCCGACGCUCCUUCAACGAAGGACUGCACGAUCAUAAAAAACGCGUUAGUAAAAAUAAAGAAGAAUCAAGAAAACGUUCUGAAAAUGUCAACGAUAAUGACAUCAUUCUAAAUAAUAAAUAUGAAUUAGACAAAUUGCGGGUCCAUGAGCCACCUUUGCCAAAUUUCAACGAAUCAUACGCUGAUAUCGCUGCAAAAAAACUAAACGAAAUCAAGUCUGAACAUUUGAAAGUAAAAUUAGAAGAAGAAUUAUCAAAAUCAGCUCGUAGAUUCGAUACAAACAGUAGUGAUGACAUUGAUGAUAGUGACAAAAUCACACCACCACUGAAACCAAAUCCAUUGGAUAGAAUAUUAGAUCUCAUGGACCAGUUUAUUUUUCAAUCCCAUCAAAAAUUGAUAAAUGGACAGUUGCUCAGAACGAAGUACGUAGUGUACGUGAAGUAUAAAAUCGGUUAUUCGUUUUCGUUGCUCAGGAUUUUAAAGCAACAGCAGCAUAGGAUAUAUUCAAGCAUGCACUUCUAUCGCUUUUAUACGCCGAAAGUUAAAGGUACUUGGUAUGACACGUCAUUCGUUGACGUUUCGUAUUACUUGUCCCUGUAUGAGAAAAUGACACGUCUGGAUGAUGAUGUCAUUACAUUAGUGAACUUAUUGUGGCAGUUGGAAGCGGAACGUAAGAAAGAAGCAGCGAUAGAGGCAACGAAAUUCCCGAAGAGAUAUAAAGCCACGCCUGGUGAACGUAUUUGGUGGUGGGACACGGUGCGAGUGCCAUAUUGAAUGAACAAUGCACUCUGAAACAUAAAGAAGUUAAGAAAAAAAAUGCUUGUCGAUGUUUUAAACAAACACAUUUAUUUCAAGUAUCAAGGCACAUAAUCAGUGUGUCAUAUCUUAAUAUCGCAUACUCAAAAUUGUAAUUAAAUUCAGAUAACUAAAUAAUUUAUAAAGCAUGUACAUACAUACAUACAUACAUACAUAUAAUCACGCCUAUUUCCCGAAGGGGUAGGCAGAGACCACGGAUUUCCACUUGCUACGAUCCUGACAUACCUCUUUGGCUUCCUUCACUUUCAUGACAUUCCUCAUACACGCUCGUCGGUUUAGGGUGCUCUUGACCUGGCCUUUCUUCAGGAUUUCCCCGAUUUGAUCAGAGAAAGUCCGCCGAGGUCUACCCCUUCCAGCUCCCUCUUCUACUUCUCCCUUAUACACUCUCUUUGUUAACCUUCUUUCUUUCUUUUUAUAAAGCAUGUAAUUGAAUAAAAUCGU